AUGGCAAUGAUUGCUGUCCCUCCUCCUCCCAGCUCGGCCUUUCCAAGGGACCGCUGGGAUGCCCGCCCAUCCGACUAUUCACUGCCACGAGACGACUCCAGAUCCGUGGCUCUUCCCUCUAUCCGACAGGCAAUUCCAGAACUCCAACUAGCCACAAAUCCGGAACGCCAAAGUCGUCCAAACUCACAUCACACCCCUCCAGGCUGGACAAACCCGGGCUAUCCAGGCUCUUCAGACUACAUCCACUCGCCAAGCAGCAAGAGAAGACGCAUCUCUCACGAGCUGGAGAGCGAAUCUCUCCGCUCCUACCAGGUUCCUCGCCUCUACCCCAGUCCCGAGCGUCCUGUUUCCAGCCACGUCUCGCCUAUUUCUCAACGCCCGCCCACAGCCGACGACAUCUGGAGGAGCCAGGCGCCUGCUCACUACAGACCUUCCAUGUCUGCCUCCCCCGAGUUUGCGCACCGAGAGCACCGUCCAUCCAUUCACACCUUGCCACCACCGCCUGGUUUGGAGCGCGGCCGCGAAGCGCAGUACGCCGAAGACUACGCUUCACGCCAAAGAUUGGAAGCGCAUUCCGCUGGUCUUCCGCACAGAAGCCCAGUGUUCGCCUCUCGGCAUGGCGACCGUGGUAACAGAUACCACGCUGCACCGACCCCCUCCACACGUGGUGAAGAGCGUUCACCAUUUGCCCCUUCCCGCUACAGCAUGCAUGAUGGCGGUCGUUACAACGAUGUGGGCAUGAUGGCAAUUGGCGGAGACACCAAGCAGCGAAAGCGUCGUGGUAACCUCCCGAAGGAGACUACUGAUAAGCUACGCUCUUGGUUUGUUGCUCACUUGCAACAUCCGUACCCAACCGAGGACGAGAAGCAGGAUCUGAUGCGCCAGACGGGCCUACAAAUGAACCAAAUCUCGAACUGGUUCAUUAAUGCCCGCCGAAGACAGCUCCCUGCCAUGAUCAGCAACGCACGUGCCGAAACUGAUGCUAUGCACGGCCGUGGUGGUGUUGAUGUUGCCUCGAUCAGCAGCCCAGAUGGUGAUGCGGCCGGACUUGACCGCGAGAGCACAUACGAUGCCAGCCCACGCAUGCGGGGCGUCGGUGGCCUCAAGCGAGACUAA